AUGGAGUCCACAGACACCCCAGACAACUACACUUUUGACUAUGACCUUAGUAGUGCCGUGUGUGAGCACAAGUCCUUUGGCUUUGUGACCAUGAGCACUACCAUCUUCUACCCUCUGGUGUUCCUCCUAAGCCUGAUGGGCAACAGCCUGGUGUUGUGGGUCUUGGUGAAGUAUGAGAGUCUGGAAUCCCUCACCAAUGUCUUCAUCCUCAACCUGUGCCUCUCAGACCUGGUAUUUUCUAUCUUGUUGCCUUUGUGGGUCCUGGAAUACCACAUGUCCUGGUUUCUGGGAGACUUCAUGUGUAAACUCUCCAACAUGCUCUUCUCUGUCAGCCUGUUCAGCAGCAUCUUCUUCCUGACCAUCAUGACUGUCCACCGCUAUCUAUCUGUAGUCAAUCCCCUCUCAUCCCUGAGCUUCAACACCUUCAAAUGCCGUAUGCUGGUGACCACCAUCGUGUGGGUAGCCAGCAUCCUGUCCUCCAUCCCCGAUGCCAUGUUCCACAAGGUGAAUGAUAGUUCUUGUGACUAUUCAGGGACCAUGUGGCAUGCUUUCUCAGUCUACCAACACAAUACGUUCUUCCUGCUCUCUCUGGGGACUAUUGUGUUCUGCUACGUGAGGAUUCUUAGCACCCUGCUCCGCAUGCGGUCCAGACGUCACCACCGAACAGUCAUCCUCAUCCUCACCAUCGUGGUAGCCUACUUCCUCAGCUGGGCUCCCUAUAACCUGGUCAUGUUUCUGGAGACAUUAUUGAAACUUGGAAUCAUCGGAAACUGUGGGUUCAAACAACAGGUGGACUAUGCCUUGCUCAUCUGCCGUCACCUUGCUUUCUCCCACUGCUGCCUCAACCCAGUGCUCUAUGUCUUUGUGGGCAUCAAGUUCCGCAGACAUCUCAAAAGACUGUUCCAGUUUUGCUGGCUCUGCCAGCAUCAGGCAACCAGUUCUCUCCCCAAAGCUCACUCUCUGGGUGGAUUCAACUAUGAGGGUGCGUCCUUCUAUUGA